AACGGAAGGAAGAAGAUCGUGCCCAGGGUUUUGUCUCCCUCCCAAUUUGCCUCCAUAAUUGCCCACUUGAGAGAGCAGUGGAGGGGGGGUGCAGGCGAAGGGGGGGGGAUGGCCACGGCGGGAAAGGACAUCCCUCGCUUGGACAUCGCUCACCUGGAUGGCGCUCACCUGGAUGGCGCUCACCUGGAUAUCACUCACCUGGAUAUCCCUCACCUCGAUGCCGCACACCUGGGUACCCACUCGGUCGAAUAUUUUUGCGACUCCGUGAUGGCCCCCCACGAGACUGGCAAGAACAACGGCGAGCACUUCUGCAACUGCUAUGUGGGGAUGGACGAGGGGGGCGACGGCCUCUUCGGGGAUGCCAACAUACUCGCCUACUUGUAA